AUGCUCGAUAUAAACUUACUGAGACCGGAGAAAGGCGGCGACCCGGAUGUCGUGAAAGAGUCGCAAAAACGUCGGUACAAGUCCGUGGAAAUUGUCGACCAGUGCAUCGAAAAAGACGCGCAAUGGCGCUCGGUUCGAUUCGAUCUCGAUAAGCUGAAUGCGGAUUUUAACAAAGCGAACAAAGCGGUGGCGUUGAAGAUGAAAGCAGGGGAGAAGGAAGAGGCGGAAAAGUUGAUGCCAGAAGUGAAGCGAGUGGACCAGCUUAGAAAAGACACCGUGGAGCUGGAGAAGACUUUGGAACAGGAAACGAACGAGUUGUUAUUGAAGAUUGGGAAUAUCGUCCACGACUCGGUGCCGGUGAAUAACGACGAGGAAUUUAACACGGUGCAUGCGACGUGGGGGGAAAGAAGAAUGGAAGAGGAUUUACCGAAUCACGUAGAUUUGGUUGGAAUGUUGGAUAUUGCAGAUUUGGAGAAAGGCGCAGACGUGGCUGGAGGGAGAGGGUAUUAUUUGAAAGGCGCCGGGGUGUUGUUGAACCAAGCGAUGAUUAACUACGCGUUGUCGUUUUUGGCGGCGAGAGGGCAUUCUCCGCUAGCGACGCCAUUUUUUAUGAGAAAAGACAGAAUGGCAGAGUGCGCGCAAUUAGCCGAUUUCGACGAGCAGUUGUACAAAGUGACCGGAGAAGGUGACGAUAAGUAUUUAAUCGCUACUAGCGAACAAACGUGCUGCUCGUAUUUAAGAAAGUUAUGGUUGAACGAGAAGGAUUUACCCAUUCGUUUGUCUGGGUAUUCCACGUGUUUCAGAAAAGAGGUUGGGAGUCACGGGAGAGAUACGCUCGGUAUCUUUCGCGUGCAUCAGUUCGAGAAGGUUGAACAAUUCGUAGCCGUGACGCCGGAAGGCAACGCUUCGUGGGAAGAAAUGGACAGAUUGAUUGGAAACGCAGAGGCUUUUUACCAAUCUUUGAACAUUCCGUAUAACGUUGUGAACAUAGUUUCCGGCGAGUUAAACGACGCCGCGGCGAAAAAGUACGAUUUAGAAGCGUGGUUUCCGUCCUCUAGAACUCACCGAGAGUUGGUGUCUUGCUCGAACUGUACAGAUUACCAAUCCAGACGAUUGGAAAUUCGUUACGGCGCGCCGCAGAAAGGCCCGGAAAAGACCAAGUCAUACGUGCACUUGUUGAAUUCGACGUUAACUGCUACGGAGAGAUCAUUGUGUUGCUUGUUGGAGAACUGGCAAACCCCAGACGGGUUGGUGGUACCUCCCGCGUUGCGCCCUUGGAUGUGCGGCAUCGAGUUCAUUCCGUUCGUGAGCAAGUUAGACAAGAAGAAACGUUUGGUAGCGGUUUCACCGGCGCCGGCACCGUUGUUUGGUGGAGUGAAUGGUGCGGAUUCCGCGAAUUCUUUGAGCGUUUUUGUCAACGCUGGCGAUUGUGCCGGGUCCAUGGCUUUGGAAUCGAUUCUAUCAAAGCUUCCGGACACCACGGCGACGAAAAAAUCCAUCGCCGUGGACGUCACGGAGGAAGAGAAAGGAUUGUUUCCAGACCCAGAAAACAUCGUUGGUCCGGCUAUGAUCGCAGACGGUGAUUUUGUGUUGACGUCAGCUACGGCUAUUGCAAGAUAUCUCGCGAAGAUGACGCAAGCGUCCAGUCUCGCGUUGUUACCAACCGCCGCGAAGGACAACGCCAAGUGCGAAGCUCUUAUUGAGUUGUUCCAUCACGCCAACGUCGACGAGGUUGUCACGAGAGUCGAAAAAGCGUUGGAAGGCGCGAACGAUUACGUGUGUGGAAGUACGUUUACGAUUGCCGACGCUCUUUUAGCGGCUAAACUUAAAACGGCCAAGGCGUCGGUAUCGGCAAAAGCGGCGCAUUGGAUGACGCUUUCGUUGUAA